AUGGGGGCCGGUCCGUCGCUGGGCAAGUUCCUCAAGGCUAUGGACGACGAUGAGCUCUCCAAGCUCGUCGACACUCCCCCGCCGCGAGACGUCGACGCCGUGGACACCUCGAACGCCUUGAGCAUGCCUGCUGCCCUGCUGUCCACCCCUCAGCCUGUGACCUCACAGGCAGCCCCUCCGAUGCUGAGUGAGAUGCUGCCGCAUACUCCAUCAACGACGACGGCGUCUUCGGCUGUGAGCACAGUGCCGCAGAUGUCGACUGUCACGACCAUCGAGGUGAUGGCGGAUUCGGCCGACGAACACGCGCCGCUGACGGGUGUCAAGGACCCGAUGAACGCUCUGUGGACGUUCGAAGGCCACCACCUCCGCGAGCUGCAGGCGGCGGACAAGAACCCCCAGAAC